UCACAUCAAAUCAAAGAAGAAGAAUAAAGAGAAGAAAUUUGAAGAAACAGCAAAGGAAGUUUCUAUUUUGAUGCUUAUUUUUUACUGUUUUAUGCAUUGCAAAAUCAUACUCACCUACCACUCUUAACAAUUCCAUUCUUUCUUCUUUAUUAAUAAUCCCAUUUCCCUCUUCUCAUGUGUUCUCCAUUUCCCUCCAACAACUUCACUAAAGGGUCGGUGCCUUACCGUCAAAUCCUUCUUCCCUUUUCCCAUACUCUGUGUUUGAGGUGGGGUUUUGUUCAUGUUGUUCUUCUGAAAAGUUUCUUUUUUGAGAUUGGAAACACAUACCCAUUGGUACUGUUCACAAAACCCACAAAUCAAAAUUCUAUUUUGAUAAUGGGGUUGAAUUGGGUUUGUGCUAACGACUUUACUUCCAAGAGGGUUUUGGGGGAUUGAGAGAUCUACUGUUUGAGUUUUUCAGGGUCUGAAAAAGGAUAUUUUGAGAAAUCUGUGUAUAUUGUGAAGGAUUGAGGUUCUUGAUAUAGAUAUAUUAGCAGAAGUUAAAUGGCAUCUGAUCUGAGCUCGAGGUUGUCGAAGAAAACAUCUGUUUUUGGGUUGGAAGCAUGGGAAUUAAUGGGGAUAAUAGUUGGUUUGUUCAUUAUAAUCAUUCUUCUGGUUUUAUCAAUAUGUCUCACUUCAAAAAAGAAAUCCAAAAGAGUCAAGGACAUACUUCCCCUAAGCCACAGGUUAUCUGUUUCCGAAGAGAUCAAAGAGAUUAGAGUUGAUCAGAUUUCAACAAACCAGAAUGGCGCUUUCAUGAGUCUUUACGACAAGUUUAACGACAAAGAGUCUGAAAAGGUUUUGCUCCAAACAAAGAAUGGGGAAUAUAGCAGUCAAUCAGGUUCGUUUAUUCACGCAGAGAAAGACGCAGCUGGAUCUCAAUCAGGCGAAGAAAGCGGUGCUAAGUCUCUUUCUGCACACAGGCCUUCUUUAACCUCGCCUUCCCCUUUGUCGGGUCUUCCUGAGUUCUCUCAUCUUGGCUGGGGGCACUGGUUUACAUUGAGAGACCUAGAACUUGCAACAAACAAGUUUUCGAAGGAUAAUGUUAUUGGUGAAGGUGGAUAUGGAGUUGUUUAUCAAGGCCAGCUGAUCAAUGGGAAUCCAGUGGCUAUUAAGAAGCUACUCAAUAAUCUUGGACAAGCUGAAAAGGAAUUUAGAGUGGAAGUUGAGGCUAUUGGUCAUGUGAGGCACAAGAACUUGGUUAGACUUUUGGGUUUUUGCAUUGAAGGCACUCACAGGUUGUUGGUUUAUGAGUAUGUUAACAAUGGAAAUUUAGAGCAAUGGCUUCAUGGAGCCAUGCGGCAAUAUGGUUUUCUCACAUGGGAGGCUCGGAUUAAAAUUCUUCUUGGAACAGCUAAAGCGCUGGCUUACUUGCACGAAGCAAUUGAACCGAAAGUUGUCCAUCGAGAUAUUAAGUCAAGUAACAUUCUAAUUGAUGAUGACUUCAAUGCCAAAAUAUCUGACUUUGGACUGGCUAAGUUACUCGGUGCUGGAAAAAGUCACAUUACGACUCGAGUAAUGGGUACUUUUGGAUAUGUGGCUCCAGAAUAUGCCAAUUCCGGCUUACUAAACGAGAAGAGUGAUGUUUAUAGCUUUGGCGUAUUGCUCCUUGAAGCAAUUACUGGAAGAGAUCCAGUGGAUUAUAGCCGUUCAGCAGCCGAGGUAAAUUUGGUCGACUGGCUCAAGAUGAUGGUAGGUAAUAGGCGCGCAGAAGAGGUUGUGGAUCCAAACAUUGAGACCAGACCAUCAACAAGUGCCCUUAAACGAGUCCUUUUGACUGCUUUAAGGUGUGUUGACCCAGAUUCUGAAAAAAGACCAAAAAUGAGUCAAGUGGUCCGCAUGCUUGAGUCCGAAGAAUAUCCCAUACCUAGAGAGGAUCGAAGACGAAGGAAGAGUAAUGCCAGAAGUGCUGAUGUGGAGGCUUCUGAUACAGAUAAGAGUGAUCAUCCAGAUUCCAAGUUGAAUGGAAGAAGGAAUCAACGGAAGUAAAACUACGGAUCACAAAGCUUGAAGUACAUAUUCCAUGUUAAGGUACGCGUGCAAGUGAAUGAGCCAUUUUUGCAUUCUUUUCGUGCGAGCUUGUACGAGUUACGGUAACUUCCUCAUUUUACAUCGAAUUCAUUGAGCAGGAUCUCAGUUACUUUGUGAUAUACCUAUUUGGUUGCUAUAACUUGAAUCAUGUAGAUGUUAGGAUGUAGGUUAUUGUGUAUGAAUAUGGGAUUCAUCAGAUCCCUUAUACCAGUUUGUGCUUUGUACAGUUCAUUGCUAUUCAUACUUUUUCUCCUUGUCUUUCUAUUUGUUUCAUCACUCAUUAGGAUUGUAAAGGACUUGAUGUUUACUUGUGUAAAGAUUAUAAGAAAAUUACAUAAAGUGUGAGGGAGAAAGACACAAUAUAUGUGCCUUAUUGUCUAUAGUUGUUGCUGUGGAGAAAUUCUUGAUCAUUGUGGAACAACCACAAUGAGAUCGUCUCAUGUUUUCUUUGUGAUGACAUUGACAAUGACAACCACUUUUUCGCUGUCA